CUACAUACAGUUGUGGACAAACAUCGUCGCGAUAGUUAUUUAAAAAAACAUUAAUAUAAAAUUACAGAUUUUAAUUCAAUUUAAUUUCAUAAUUUAAGUCUAUACAAUCUAAUCAAAAAUGGGUCAAGGCUACUCCUCCGAACUCGAAUCCUCCAUCGGGCAUUCCUUCCAGGAUAAAAAACUUUUCGAGGAAGCCACGUCACACGAUUUUAAACGUCUCGAACACUUGGGCGACGCCGUCAUCAAAUUUGUCGUCACGAAUUAUCUCUUCCUCACUUAUCCGAGCCAUACUGAAGGCCACCUUUCCAAAGAACGUGACUACCUCGUAAAUCGAAACCGACAACAAGAAAUUGCCGAUCUUCUCCAGUUGGAUAGAUUUGUAAAAUUGCACCAAUCUGGAGUUGGGCGUUGCGAUAAAUUACUAGAAGCGUUAAUUGGAGCUGUUUAUGUCGACGCGGGCGGUGAGGAUGGUGGAGGAUACGUGGCGGCGAAAAAAGUCAUCUAUAAACUUUGGAGGUUUAAAGGAAAUGAGCCGGUAGGUCAUGUUAGGUCAUACGAUUCCUUGGUCCUGUUGAAAUAAGGUUUUGUGUAAAAUUAUUAAAUGUUUAGUAUUUAAAACUGGACAGGAAUUUAUUCCUUAUUGCAAAUAUUUAGUUCUACAAAUAUAGUUUAUGAGGACGAAACAAAUAAAUUUAGGAUAAUUAUUAUAUAUGUUCAUAAUUAUAAAA